UUGCACACCACGAUUUCUCUAAAAGAGACAAUUCAACUGACGACUUUUUGCACCUUGAGUUCGACUACAGACCUACUGUCACUGACAAAAGGACUUUUACAUGGAAAAUAUGGACCAACGUCGUAAGGGGACAAACCCCGUCCGGCCCAGCAGCCCGCGGCCCAUCCACCGUAGGAACCCAGCGGCAGCGUCCCAGAGUGGCGUCCCACCUGGCACUGACCCUGGCUCCUCAGCUGGAAAGCCGCUGACUCUGGAUGCCGACCAACGUCGUAAGUGGACAAGAGCCUUUGUUCCAAACCCCGUCCGGCCCAGCAGCCCGCGGCCCAUCCACCGUAGGAUCCCAGCGGCAGCGUCCCAGAGUGGCAUCCCACCUGGCACUGACCCUGGCUCCUCAGCUGGAAAGCCGCUGACUCUGGAGACCGACCAACGUCGUAAGGGGACAAGAGCCUUUGUUCCAAACCCCGUCCGGCCCAGCAGCCCGCGGCCCAUCCACCGUAGGAUCCCAGCGGCAGCGUCCCAGAGUGGCGUCCCACCUGGCACUGACCCUGGCUCCUCAGCUGGAAAGCCGCUGACUCUGGAGAUGGCACUCAAUGCUCCUCAGCCGUUAUGGGACGGCCCAAAGCCGCAGUGGGUGAAAAACAUGGAGGUUUGUAUGGAAAGGAGAAAGGAGUUUGGCGGCUGGCACAAGAGUGCCACUCAGCCUGCAGGUAAGCCUGACUUUGGUUUCACCAAGCCGCGCCAAAAAACUCCUUAUGGCUCCCCACAUUUCUACAGCUUUUCGCCUUUUCCUUCGCCCUGUUACUCCCCGUGUGGCUCUGACCCCGGUUAUCCAAGUGGUUCCCCACUUGGCUCUAACCCCGGCUCUUCAAUUGGCCCCCCAUGUGGUUCUAACCCUGGCUGUCCAAAUGGCUCCCCACGUGGCUCCAAGCCUGGUUUUCCAACUGAAUUCCCACAUAGUUCUGACCCUGGCUCUCCAUGUGGCCCCCCUGGUGGCUCUAACUCUGACUCUCCAUGUGGCUCCCCACAUGGCUCCAACCCUGGACUGUCAAGUGGCCGCCUUUGUGGCUCUGACCCUGGCUCUCCAAGUGGCUUCCCGUCUAUCUCUGACUCUAGCUCUUCGUGUUGGUUCCCUUCUAUCUCUGACUCUAGCUCUUCAAGUUGGUUCCCUUCUAUCUCUGACUCUAAUUCUCCAUGUGGCUCUCCAAAAGGCUCGCCACAUGGCUCUAACCCUAUCUCUCCAUGUGGCUCUCCAAAAGGCUCGCCACAUGGCUCUAACCCUAUCUCUCCAUGUGGCUCUCCAAAAGGCUCGCCACACGGCUCUGACCCUGUCUCUUCAUGUGGCUCUCCAAAAGGCUCGCCACACGGCUCUGACCCUGUCUCUCCAUCUGGCUCUCCAAAAGGCUCGCCACAUGGCUCUGACCCUGGCUUUCCAAGUGCCUCCCCUUGUAUCUCUGACUCUAGCUCUUUACGUUGGUUCCCAUCUAUCUCUGACUCUAGCUCUCCAUGUGGCUCUCCAAAUGGCUUGCCACAUGGCUCUAACCCUGUCUCUCCAUGUGGUUCCCCACGUGGCUCUAAGCCUAUUUCUCCAAGUGGCUCCCCACAAGGCUCCCACCCUGUCUUUUCAAGGGGCUCCCCACAUGGCUCCCACCCUGUCUUUUCAAGGGGCUCCCUACAUGGCUCCCACCCUGGCUCCCCUGUUGCCUCCAGUGAGCUUCCACUGACCUACUCUGACCAACCUCAGGUACCCACUUCAUCUUUGAAAGCAGGCCCCUCUAGAAGACCAUGUGCACCUAGUGCUCCUCUGCCGUCAUGGAGGGGCCCUGAGCAGAAGUGGGUGAAGAACAUUAGGAGGUUAAUGGACAUGAGAAACCAGGGCAGGGGGCGCAAGAGAGCCGCUGCAGUGCCCUGCAGUGUCCUGCUGAACCCGGCUGCGUCCCGCUACGUCCACCUGUCCUCUGCUAUGCAACGCUACACCCUGUAA